GGCCAAUCACAAAGAAAGUCGAAAGUGGGUGGGUGUGUGGAAAGUGCUCAAGAUUCCCAUGCGCUGUGUCGCAGCGGCGCGUGCAGCUCCUUUGAGGGUCAGGUCUGAAUGAAGAGGCAGCUGGAGGUCCUAAUGGAAGACUGUCUCAUCCAUGGAGAUAUAUCCCAGCUGGUGUCUGUACUGCGGAAAGAAGGCAUGACACACUGCAUGCUUACCAGACUGGACCAGCUGGUCCAGAAGCAGUUGAGCGGAGCCGAGUAUGACCGAGUGGGCGUUGUCUUGAAGUCUUUGGAGAUUCUUGUGGAAAACAAAGACGACCUGAAGAUGCUGCUCAGCCAUGGAAUCAUUGCUAAAGUUUUGUUAUGGUUCCAAACGCUACGUGACGUCUUGAUCGCCAACCCACUAAGAAGCUCCGCCCAGCUCCUGACCCUUAUCGAAAACUUCUACGACUUCCUGCUUGUACGGUGUACAAUUGCAACUUUGUUGUUGAGUUUGUGUUUCCAUGACGACACUUCUCCUCUUCUUUCAGCUGCUGAGUCAGUCGCCUCUGCCAGGUCGGUGGCUCGUGCAUUUCCCAGUCACAUGACCUCUGUUUUCAUUUGUACCUCUGUCCGCCUGUCAGUCAUUCGUCUAUCCGUGCUGCUUUUGGAGCUGCUUCAAAUGGUUCUGGAGCCCGAAGUCCCAUUCACGCUAAGAUUGGAGGCCAUCAGAACCUUCAACAGCAUCCUGGAGUCUGUAAGCAGAGAUCAAAGGAGGCGGGUCCAAAUGGACCACGCCCAUAUUCAGAAGAUGUCGGAGGUGGCGGCUACCAUUCAGACAGUCGGCGACUACGAGCUCCAGGUCAGCCUAUCGGAGGCGUUGUGUCGUCUGACUCCCAGGAAGGCGCGAGUCCAGCGAGCCAACGAGUGGUUCUCCUGCUGUGACCUCCGCAACGUCUUCUGUGACAUCAAAGAUGCCGACUUUGAGGUGGACUGUAGGCAUUUCCUGAACUUCAUGAACCAACGCCAUGGCGACCAGAGAAGGGUUCACACCUUCCCGUGUUUGAGAGCCUUCUUGGAAACCACAGAGCUGUUUCCCCCCAAAGAUGAGAAACUGAACGAGUUCUGGGUGGACUUCAACUAUGGGUCACAGUGUGUCAGCUUUUUCAUUGACGUCCCCGAGGGUUUCCUGUGGGGGUCGGUCCACCUGCAGAGGGACGACGUGGUCGACUACAAAGUGCAGCUGGAGCAAGAUGAAUGCACCGGGGCUCAGGCGGUCCUCAGCGUCCAGCUCAACGUUCCCAUCAUGCACCUCAACUGCAAAGGUCAGAGAGUGAAGCUGCUCUUCCUCCCCGAGUUCCUCGCACAGCUGGAGGUGGCGGCCGGCAGGGUCUUCAUCGAGUCUCCGAGUGGAUCCAGCCAAGACACUGGCGGUGCGUCUCAGGCGCCAUCCACCCCUGCGGGGACGCACGGUAGACUCUUUAAAAGGAAGAAGCAACACGGUCAGCUGAAGGUUCUUCCUCUGUCGUCCCCGAGCAGCGAUGAAGACUCGCUAAGACUUGCUAAGAGGCCUCGUGUAAGCAGAGCGUCGAUCCUCUUCGACAGAAUUAGACACUCGACGCCUUCGUACAGCUCAGGCCGUCUUGUGGAGGCGGAGCCUAAGAGCCUACAGGAAGAGACGCUGGAUAUCUCUGCAAUAACAGUGAAAGCGUCCGGUUUGGACAGGAAGCAACCAGCUGGAGAGUCAGGCUACCUCUCAGAUGGACUUGAGGGUAGGUCUGAGCAGCAGAGGAAGGCAGAGCCUGAGGGGGUGGAGCCUGAGGGAGAGGAGAUUGAUGAGUGGCCAUGUCAGGAAGAAGAAGAAGAAGAGGAGAAGCAAUGUGGAGUCGACAAGGCAGAGUCAUCCCCGUCAAAGCGGAAGUCUGACAAGGUUCUGGAGGUGGAAACGGCGUUUCACAUGACGUCAAGUAUCCAAAAUGCCUUCAGCAUCUUCAAAACCAGACUUGAACAACAUUACACUGUCAGUAGAACAAAGCUAUUGACGGGUUAUUGGUGUGACGUCAACACAUCCACUCCAGCGCCGACUUCCUUUCAGGGCUGCUUGGAGAAAGUGGAAUCCGAGGUUCUGUCGUCACUGAAAGACUGUCAGGAACAUAUCUCCUCGCUCUUCUCAGCUGUCCAUCAACAGAGGUUGGUCCUGAUCCAAAACUUUGAGAAGUCUAUCACAGAUCAGCUCAAGUGUUUGGAGGAAAGCUCAAGCAAUCUGAACAACAUGUGCUCUCAGAUUGUGGGAUUUUUCCAAACAGAGAUGAAGCGACUAUCCAGCUUCUGUGACCAACUCCACCAAAAGUUGACGUCUAUGGAGGAUACAGGGGCGGAGCCUUCGUCCAGCCAAUGAUGUGCUGAUCCAAAAAAAGCGACCUUUAUCAAACUUUGCUGUUUGAAAUAAAAUAAUAUCAGCAAAGUUAAACCUGCAAUAUGUCCCACUACACUCCAG